ACCGCCACCGCCGCCACCGCCGCCGUGCCGGGCCGAGGGGACCCGGGCCGCCGCCCCGCCGCGCCUCCUGCUCGCCGCCGGCUCCCUGUCCUCGGACUCACUCCAGCAGCCUGUUAAAACAUGGUGGAUUACUAUGAGGUUCUAGGCGUGCAGAGACAUGCCUCAGCUGAGGAUAUUAAAAAGGCGUACCGGAAACUGGCACUGAAGUGGCAUCCAGAUAAAAACCCGGAGAAUAAAGAAGAGGCAGAGAGAAAAUUCAAACAAGUAGCUGAGGCGUAUGAGGUGUUAUCAGAUGCCAAAAAACGGGACAUCUACGACAGAUACGGCAAAGAAGGGUUAAAUGGAGGUGGAGGAGGGAUUCAUUUCGACAAUCAGUUUGAGUUCGGCUUCACAUUCCGUAACCCAGAUGACGUCUUCAGGGAAUUUUUUGGUGGAAGGGACCCGUUUUCAUUUGACUUCUUUGACCCAUUCGAGGAAUUUUUUGGCAGUCGAAGAGGCCCCCGUGGAAGCAGGAACCGGAGCACAGGGUCGUUUUUCUCCGCCUUCAGUGGAUUUCCGUCUUUCGGAGGAGGGUUUCCGGCUUUUGAUUCAGGAUUUACGUCCUUCGCAUCACCGGGUCACGGGGGCCUCACUUCGUUCUCCUCUGCGGCAUUCGGUGGCAGUGGGAUGGGCAGCUUCAAGUCUGUAUCGACUUCUACUAAAAUGGUCAACGGCAGAAAAAUCACCACAAAGAGAAUUGUGGAGAACGGUGAAGAGAGAGUAGAAGUUGAAGAGAACGGCCAGUUAAAGUCCUUAACGAUAAAUGGUGUGGCCGAUGAGAACGCGCUCCUGGAGGAGUGCCGGCGCAGAGGCCAGAGCGCGCUGCCCUCCCAGCCCGCCGGCACCAGCGGCCCGUCGCUGAGGUCUCACAGGCCGGCCUCCCUGCCCAAACCCGAGUCUCAGCACAUGCGUGAAGAGGAGGACGAGCCAAGCAGACAGCAGGCCACCAGCAGCCCCUGGGACCCCUCCGUGCUCUCUGCAGGUGUGCAAAGGGAAACCAAAGCGGAGCUUCCCCUCGGGGGCGCUGCCCCUCCCUCCCGAGACCAGAGAGGACCGAAAUCGCUCCUGUGCUGUUGUGUCCUGACCUGAGUGUGGUGGGGCUGGGCGGGGGGCGCGCCAGCGGCUGCUCAGAGCACAGCGGUGGGAGGAGGCCCCUUGCUCUCAGC